ACACCCAUCUCUGAGAUCCUCAUCUCAUCCCAGACACCUCCUUCACUCCUGGCCUAGAGCCAAAUCUCAUCUCAGUGUCUCUCUUCAGCCCUGGAACCUCCAUACAGCCAUCUAUCCUCAUCCCAUCCCUGUCCUCAUCCCAACCACCAGCACCACCCCCUGAACCCUCAACACCUCCAAGAUCUUCAUCUCAUCCCAGACAGCUCCCUCAUCCUUGUCCUUACCCAUCCUCAUCCCUGUCCUCAUCCCAGUCACUGCCAUCACCAUCUCCUGAACCCUCACACCCAUCUCUGA